GAUUGUCGUUGCGGUAACAGCAAGCGCCCCGCUCGCGCCACCCGCAAUAUUCUUUUGUUUCAACUCUCAUCACCCAGUUAAGCGUAGUCGCCGAUGAGUUCAGACGUCAUUAUUUUGUGUUUUCGCUUGCUCUGCGCGUUUAUAAAAUGGAUAAAUUUCUCAAAAGAUCGCAGCCUUCAACAUCUGGUACGAGUAUCAAUAGCGGUGGUGCUGAAUCGAAUCCGAAAAAAAUAGACAUUACGAUGACAGUUAUUUGAAAUACGGGUUCACAGUCAUAAAUAAUAAACCUCAAUGCUUAAUUUGCGGCUAUGUUUUAUCACGUGAGAGUAUGAAACCGUCAAAGCUUAUGCGGCAUCUCACAACCAAGCAUCAAAAAGAAGCUGAUAAGCCGUUGGAUUUCUUUGAACGAAAGUUGAAAGCUCUUAGUCAGCAGCAAAAUACUAUAAUUCAGGCAUCCAGUGUCAACGAGUCAACAUUAUUAGCUAGCUACAAAGUCGCAUAUCGAGUUGCUAAAGCAGGGAAACCACAUACAUAUGUACAAUUGCCGAAAAUCUUAUUUUGCCAGCGGCACUCAAUAUGGUGGAAAUUAUGGUCAGUAAGCAGGAGGCAAACAAAUUAAAAAAAUACCGCUUUCUGACAGUGAUAUUUCACGCAGAAUAAACGAUAUGGCCAAGGAUAUUCAAGAACAAGUAGUCGAAAAACUAAAGAAUAGCCAACAUUUUGCUUUGCAGUUUGAUGAAUCUACAGAUGUUUCCGACUGUGCACAGUUUGUAGUCUUGUGCGCUUUGAAGCAGAUGACAGUAUUACGGAAGAAAUCUUAUUUUGCAAAGCACUUCCUGCAAACACUACUGGCCAGUGUUUGUACGAUAUGUUUUUAGAAAGCACUUGCGACUACGAUAUUGAU